CGUCCCCGCCCGGCUCACCCUGCCCCGCUUCUCUCCGCAGACAAUGUGAUGGACAUUGGCAUCGGGAACGAAAAGCCCAACCAGGAAUUGUCGUCCUAUUCGGGGACGUUCCAGCCGGCCGCGGGCAACAAAACCGUCACCUACCUGGGGAAGUUCGCCUUCGAUUCGCCCUCCAAUUGGUGCCAGGAUAACAUCAUCAGCCUGAUGAGCGCCGGCAUCCUGGGGGUGCCGCCGGCCGCGGGGACGCUCAGCGGGACGCAGAGCUCGGGGGGCGGAAUGGGGGGACCUCCGCAGGGCGACGUGGACCAGAUGUACCCCGCGCUGCCGCCCUACUCCUCCUGCAGCGACCUCUAUCCAGAGCCCGUCUCCUUCCACGACCCGCAGAGCAACGCCGGCCUCACCUAUUCCCCGCAGGAUUACCAAGCGGCCAAACCCGCCCUGGACAGCAACCUGUUCCCCAUGAUCCCAGACUAUAACCUCUACCACCACCCCAACGAGAUGGGCGCCAUCACGGAGCACAAACCCUUCCAGAGCUUGGACCCCAUCCGCGUCAACCCGCCGCCCAUCACCCCGCUGGAGACCAUCAAGGCCUUCAAGGACAAACAGAUCCACCCGGGCUUCGGGGGGCUCCCGCAACCCCCCCUGACCCUAAAACCCAUCCGGCCCCGCAAAUACCCCAACCGGCCCAGCAAAACCCCGCUGCACGAGCGGCCCCACGCCUGCCCGGCCGAGGGCUGCGACCGCCGCUUCUCGCGUUCCGACGAGCUCACCCGGCACCUGCGCAUCCACACGGGCCACAAACCCUUCCAGUGCCGCAUCUGCAUGCGCAGCUUCAGCCGCAGCGACCACCUCACCACCCACAUCCGCACGCACACCGGCGAGAAGCCCUUCGCCUGCGACUUCUGCGGGAGGAAGUUCGCCCGCUCCGACGAGAGGAAGCGGCACACCAAGAUCCACCUGCGCCAGAAGGAGCGCAAG